AUGGCCUGGGGAAAGUUCGGAGUCCGGAAGGAGUGGGACACGACACAGCUAGAGCUUGGCAGAACCACCAAGAGUCAAGAGCUUGUACAACCUCAGGAAACAGAAUGCUUCGACGAGAACGGCAUCCAGUCCUUGGGGCCACCGAGCAGCUUUCUCCCGCGCCGCUGCUUCGCUGUGGCGCUGUGCCGCGGUGCUGUCGCGUCGCGAGCGCUGCACUUGGUGCCCGAGGAUUGCCACACGGAGAUGGCUCGUCACCUGAUGAGCAUCCAUCUGAAUCUGGCGCAAGCAUGUUUGCAGCUGAAGGCCUAUGAGCCAGUGGUCUUUCACACCACGCAAGCACUGAAGGUGGAUCAAGAGAAUGCCAAGGCCUUCUACCGCCGCGGUUUGGCACAAGAAGCGCUGGGGCGGACUCAGGGUGCAGCCAAUGACCUCCAGCGUGCGGUCAGGAUAGAACCUCGCAAUGCGGAAGUCCGAAAGAAGUACGAAGAGUUGAAGAAGCUUCUAGCUGACGUUCAGAAGAAGAAGGACGAGGAAGAGGGCCCCGUCGUCCAUGAUUUGCAGUCCUUGCCACGCGCGUGGUUGGAGGUCGCCAUCGGCGAGCAGGAGCCCAAGCGCUUGGUCUUUGUGCUCUACGCGGAUAGUGUGCCGAAGACCGCGGAGAACUUCCGGCAGCUCUGCACCGGAGAGCGGGAAGGCGUGACGGCCCGGGGGAAGAAGUUCCACUACAAGGGUAGCAUUCUGCAUCGCAUGAUCCCCGGUCUCAUGAUCCAGGGCGGCGACUUUGAGAAUGCCAACGGGACGGGAGGCGAGUCGAUCUACGGCCGUCGCUUCCCGGACGAGAACUUCCGCGAGUCGGUCGCCCGGCGAGGCCUCCUGUGCAUGGCCAAUGAUGGGCCAAACACGAAUGGCUCCAACUUCUUCAUCUCUUUUGAGGCUGCAGAGCACCUCGAGAGGAAGCACGUCGUGUUCGGCGAGCUCUUCAGCGGCAUGGACCUUUUGGCGGAGUUGGAGAAGCUCGAGACCAAUGAGGAACGGAGGCCCUUGGUGGAUUGUGUCAUCGUGGACUGCGGGGCCCAAGGUGCUGCCACGCCGGCAUGACCGACCGCUGCAGAAGAUGCGAAACAAGUCACAAUGCUGC